ACAAAGCUGGAAUGGAGAGGGAGGGGAAUUGGUUAGAAAUGGGGAGGAUUAGGCAUUAUGAGGUCAUAGAAUGUUGGUGUGUCCGGGGGAGCAACGAUGCUGAGCCACAGAGAAUUUCUGCUACUCCAGCUCUUAUGUACUCUCACAAAUCUCACUGAAGUGCUUCUGACCGAUCCCCAGCUUCUGACAGCACCUGCAGAAGAAUGGGCUACUGCCAAGACAACAGUCUCUUCCCCACAUCAGCAACUCUGGUUUGAUUAUCCUGACUCAGACCGAGAGAAGAUCCUUGCUGUUUACAAGCUUAUUGGAGAACAGCCUGAAUUGAUUGCUCCAACGACCUUCCCCGGGCUGCUGCGCUAUAUCCUGGUUGGAUCUGUAGUCCUCCUGGUGCUGUUCUCCCUCUAUCAGAUCAUCUCUAAAGUGAUUUUCAAGGCAUCCUCCCCACCAGCCACAGCCACAGAAGAGAAGUCAGGCGCUACUCCAUAGCCAACUGGCCACACUCUUCCUCCUUCCAGAAUCACUCCAGUUCAGCAACGAUUUUUAAAAAGCUCUUUUUGUGACCCCUGUGAUGAACAAAGGGAAGGCCCUGGGUGGGCUGGGAGUGACGGCCUAGCAGCAGCAGGCGGGCAGGUAGGGGGAGGGAAGAUGGUAAUAAUAUUUUUUUUAAAAACUCACAUGGUCCUCGGCUGGCAUUAGAUAAAGGCUCCUUUAAUACUUUGCAGACCUCAGGUUAUAAAUACAACCCACCCACCCCAUAUUUACAGCUGGAUCCCUGCCCCAUGGAGUGGGGAUUUCUAGGAGGGAGGAGUGAAGGGGGUUGUGCGCUGAACAGAGGUGGUGGCGGCAGCAGCGGCAAAGGGGCAGGUGCUUCCCUACUUGGGUUAUUGCUCGUUGGGGGGGCCAUAGAUGGUUAGGAAGCACCUCUCUGGUCACCUUCCCAUUGCAAAGGUAUGACUUUUACCCCAAAUAAUUUUGGGACUUUUUUGGGGGGGCACCUAGUUAUACUGAAGAUUGCUUGCUAUCUAGCACCACCCCAAAAUUCUGGGGUUGUUUCUCUUCAUUGGGCAUACUACACAAAUACCUAAUUUUGCUGACAGAACCCUAAUAAUCAAGAGUGUUGGGAAAUCAAAACUACAUGUUGUUCCCCCAGCACCUUCAGUCAUAAUAUAUGGGAUCCUGUGCCUCUAUAGAUCAUAGCAGAGAAAGAAGCAAAAACUCCCCCCCUGCCACCCCAAUAAUAGCAUCUCCCUCUGUUUUCAUGUAAUGGUAUCUCCCCAGUCAAAUUACAGGGAUAGUCUCUUUGCCUACUAUGUUCUGAUAAUUCUGGGGUGCUCUCAGCAUUGUGCUGUAAGAAACUGCAAAUCCCUCCCAUACAGAUCUUGGUUUUGGCUUAGCAGAACCCCCGACACCCUUUGUCCUGUCUUGCACCCUGCAAGGAACUUCAAUCGCACCUUGUUCUAGAUUUUUGGCUCUCCUAAACCCCACUGGCCACAUGUCUCCCUGCCUACCAAAGGCCUCCCUUCUGUUCCCUUUUGGCUUGAGACCCUCCCCUCCCUGCAAAAUUUCAAAAUACUGAACUGGUUGCAAAAUUAGAGGGUUGCCUUUUGGUGAAGGAAUCCCAUGCCAAGCCAAAGGAUUUAUGUCUUUUUUGUUCUUGUGCCCUCUUAAUACUUUGCUGGAGACCCCCUUUCCAACCCCUCCCGAAUCCCCUUUUGGCCUAGGAGCC